GAAGGUGACACUGACCCCGGGGGGUCCCUCACCACCAAAGCAGGUGCCUGUGUUUGCCAGACAAACACAGACAGGCCUGCCACCCCUGCAGCUCCAAAGUCCAGAGGUGCGGAGAGCCAGGACCAAGAGACGGGUAGCUCACCUGAUGGACAAGCUGCCAGCCAUGUGGUGCAUUGUCCUGUUUUCCCUUUUGGCGUGGGUCUGUGCUGAGCCCACCAUGUAUGGGGAGAUCUUGUCUCCUAACUACCCUCAAGCGUACCCCAAUGAAGUAGAGAAGUCCUGGGACAUAGAAGUUCCCGAAGGGUACGGGAUUCACCUCUACUUCACCCACCUGGACAUAGAGCUGUCAGAGAACUGCGCAUACGACUCAGUGCAGAUAAUGUCAGGGGAGUUUGAAGAAGGGAAACUCUGUGGACAGAGGACCAGCAAAAAUCCCGACUCCCCGAUUGUGGAAGAGUUCCAAGUCCCAUACAACAAACUGCGGGUCAUCUUCAAGUCAGACUUCUCCAAUGAAGAGCGUUUCACCGGCUUUGCUGCAUACUACGUUGCCAUGGAUGUAGACGAGUGCACAGAUUUUGCAGACGUCCCUUGCAGCCAUUUCUGCAACAACUUCAUCGGAGGCUACUUCUGCUCCUGCCCCCCAGAAUACUUCCUCCACGAGGAUAUGAAGAACUGCGGAGUCAACUGCAGCGGGGAUGUAUUCACGGCGCUGAUUGGGGAGAUUGCGAGUCCCAAUUACCCCAAUCCGUACCCGGAGAACUCAAGGUGUGAAUACCAGAUCCUGCUGGAGGAGGGCUUCCAGGUGGUGGUGACUGUGCGGAGAGAAGAUUUCGAUGUGGAACCAGCCGAUUCAGAGGGAAACUGCCCUGACAGUCUAGUUUUUGUUGCAGGAGAUCGCCAGUUUGGUCCUUACUGUGGUCAUGGAUUCCCCGGGCCACUCAGCAUCGAAACCAAGAGCAAUGCCCUUGACAUCAUCUUCCAAACCGACCUAACAGGGCACAAAAAGGGUUGGAAACUUCGUUACCAUGGAGAUCCAAUCCCCUGUCCUAAGGAAGACACUGCCCAUUCUGUCUGGGAGCCUGAGAAGGCAAAAUAUGUGUUUCAAGAUGUGGUGACGAUAACCUGUGUGGAUGGGUUCGAAAUUGUGCAGGGAAAUGCUGGCUCAACGUCUUUCUAUUCUACAUGUCAAAGCAAUGGAAAGUGGAGUAAUUCCAGAAUGAAAUGUCAACCUGUGGACUGUGGCGUCCCCGAACCCAUUGCCAAUGGUAAAGCGCAAGACCCAGAAAGCACUUUGUUUGGUUCUGUCACUCGCUACACUUGUGCGGAGCCCUAUUACUACAUGGAAAAUGAAGGAGGCGGAGAGUACCGCUGUGCUGGUAACGGGAGCUGGGUGAACCAGAUGCUGGGCACGGAGCUGCCAAAGUGUGUGCCAGUCUGCGGAGUCCCCAGCGAGCCUUUUGAAAAACAGAGGAUCUUCGGAGGCGCCAAUGCCAACAUCCAGAGCUUCCCCUGGCAGGUCUUCUUCCGGCACCCGUGGGCGGGCGGCGCGCUGGUGGGCGAGCGCUGGGUGCUGACGGCGGCCCACGUGGUGGAGGGGGUCCCCGAGCCCACGAUGUACGUGGGGAUCACCACGGUGCAGACCUCACGCCUGGCGGAUGCCCAGAUGCUCUCGGCUGAGCGCGUGUUUGUCCACCCGGGCUGGGAGUCGCUGGACGACCCCCACGCGCGCAAGAAUUUCGACAACGACCUCGCGCUGGUGCUGCUGAAAGACCCCGUGAGGAUGGGGCCCGCCGUCUCCCCCAUCUGCCUCCCAGGCGCCUCCGCCGAGUACGACCUGGAGGCCGGAGACCUGGGGCUGAUCUCGGGCUGGGGCCGGACCGAGGACAGGCACCGCGCUCUGCACCUCAAAGGGGCGAAGCUGCCCGUGGCCCCUCUGGAGAAGUGCCGCGAAGUGGAAGGGGCACACUCCGAGGGGGAGGCCGGCGCCUACGUCUUCACGGAGAACAUGAUCUGCGCGGGGGGCGAGCGCGGCGUGGACUGCUGCCGGGGCGACGGCGGCGGGGCCUUCGCCGUGCAAGAUCCCCGCGGAAAUGGGUUCUACCUCCCGGGGCUGCAGUUGAGGUUACCCCGUUUUACUUGA